GUCAGCGCCUAUGGACUGGCCCCCCUCAGUAUCUGGACACCAUAGCUGACGGAAUCAAACUCCGACACUGUGGCUUCAUCACUACACAGAUCCUCAUUGACCUUGCGGAGAAGGAAGUCUUCGACAUGGAUGAUGACGAUAUGAUUGCAGCCAUGAAAUUUUCCUUCGAGAAAAUGAAGCUGGUCAUCGAGCCCGCUGCAGGAGCUACCGUAGCCGCAGCCUUUUCCGACAAGUUCCAAAAACUGGACUCUUCCCUGGAGAACAUCGGGGUCGUCCUGUGUGGGGGCAACCUGGAUAUCGAGCAACUGCCUUGGUGAAGUGCGGAAGUAGGGGGCGGUUCUCACCUCAAAAGGCGGGGCUUACUUGUCAGGAGGCGGGGCUAACCUGUCAGGAGACGCAACUUUCUGUCAGGAGGUGGAGCUUACUGCUGGGAGGUGGAGCUUACUGCUGGGAGGUGGAGUUACUGUCAGGAGGCAGAACUUAUUGUAAAGGGGCAGGACUAAGCCGUGGUGAGGGCAUGGCUAAACUGUGAUAUUACUGCGGUGAAUUUGUUAUAUUUCUUUGUUAGAUGUGAAAGAUAAUCUAUUUUUCUAUGAAUGGAUGAAUUUUUGUCACCGUUUCUAGAGCAUGGUUUGUUGUUCCCAAAUGAUGUUACUUACCGGUGUCACUUUGUUAAAGGUGCAAGAGAGAUAUUUAUGCCAAUGUUUGGCUCUCAUUACUUUGAAGCCUAGUUGGCUGUCAUUUCAUGAGGCACGCUAUAGAGAAAGAAAUGUUUCCUUUGUUAUUUAUAGGAACAGUGCAAAUUCUUUAUGGGGAAAACCAGAUAGUGUAGCUGAAGAAUUAUAUUAUAGCUUUUUGGGGAAGUUAUUCGUUAGUGUUGGCAGGUAAAUGUUCAUCCUGAAAUAUUGCCAUCACCAAUUUGAACAAAACGUAGAGUUUGUCAUUUCGAAGACGUACACAGCCUAAAAUUUAUAUAAUUUUAUUUUGGACAUUUGACAUGUUCGUCUUCAAUUCUGCACAAAAAAGGACACCCCCCCCCCCACUUUAAACAACAACAACUUAACAAAAUAAAGAAAACAACAACUAACAAGCUAACAAACAAAACCACCUACCCCACCCCCGCCGGAAAAAAGCGCGGUUUAACGAAAAAGAAGCACACCUAUGUAUCGUCAAUUUUGGGUUGUGUACUCGGAAGUAAUCAGCCAAUUGUCCCAAGUACAACUCUAGCAGUAAAGCAGUGGGUUUAUCUGGUUUGUUCAUUUAGGUAAAAGUAACAUUUCAGAGUUACUUUGGCGAGUAAGUGAACAUGAUUUGGUUCUUUUAGUAAAAACUAACAUUUGAGAGUUACACUGGCUAGUAAAUGUAAUUAUGGUUCAUUUAGGCCAAAGUAACAUUUCAGAGUUACACGUAGCAUACUUUACUAUUUUCGAGAAUAGUGUGCAGGUCUCUCUUUGUAAGAACGGGUAGUAGUUUCUCCUUUGACGAUGCAGAUUGUUUGAUCUAAAGAUAUUGGGAGAAAAGACUAUUUUUAGUGACCAAAUCUGAGUCGAUAAUGCUGUACAACACUUACUCAAACAACAACAAAAGCAGUUUGAAGGUGGGGUUGGUUGUUUAUGUGUGUGUGCGUGUUUGUGUGUGUGUGGGGGGGGGGGGGAUGGGGGUUACAGAAUGCACACAGAGUGUUCAAUUACCUAUUGAGAUACAGUAUGUGGUAUAUACACUAAAGAAACUGCAUCAUGACAACGCUUUGGAAUAAUGAGAACUAUUCUUUAUUGUUUCAAAGGAAUUGUCAACUGACAUUUAAAACGCAAUGCACCACUCACAUUCGUACCCCAGUGAUGAUAACACUUUUGUGGAAAUAUGAAUACUUCUCAGCAUACCAUUCAUUUAGAAAGAACAUUAUCAUCAUUAUCAUCAUUUCUUGCUCUCCCGUCUUAUCAUAACAAUACGCACGUCAGUGAUAUGAAAGGCCAAUUUCUUCAUCUUUACCUCAACUUAUUUAACUGCAAAAUGCCUGCUCGGUAGUCGUUGACGCCCUAUCUUGUCCAUCUUCUGUAGUAUUAUUUCCUAACAAGAAAGAGGUAUCUUGAUGAUGGUUGUGACUUUUUUGUGUAUUUCAUUAAAUCAUCUUGAAUUCUCAAGUUCUAACAUGACAUCCAUGUGAUAGAAUGCUAGGUUUCCAGUUGAAACACGAUGAUUUUUUAUUAGUGUUAUUUAUAAAUAAUAAUGCAUGUUGGAUAAUAUUCGCGUAUUACGGCAAGUCCUACUGUUGUUGACAGAUUAAGGAUUUUUUGUCUUGAAAAGUACACAAAAAGAUGUAACUUCAGGGAUGUUUUAGUAAACAUGUUGGUAAUAAUAUGCUCAGCGCAAAAUAACAGGUAUCGUCGUCGUUGUCGUCAUCAUGAAGUGCCAGUUCUGCGACAGACAUCAACGAUCAUGGCUCGCCAUUCAUUCCUUAGCUAGGAUGCUCUCAAAAACGAUAAUAUGUUACUAUCCUGAUCGUUGAUUGUCACUUAAUUGUUUAGGCUCUUCAAGUAAGUUACUGUGAGUCUUCAGGCUCGUUUGCCUUCAAUGUUGCCUGUGAGAACUAGAUGUUCAAGGCUCUAAUGGCUAUUCAAGUGUCCCAGAAACUGCAUUUGUCUCUUCUUAAUUGUUGCAAUGAGAGAGCAGAUCACGUGGGCUUCUUCAAGUACUAUUUCAUGCGAUUUCUUUCCCUUCCAAGAAAUUCUUAAAUCCUGAAAGAAACAUAUUUCUGUUGCUCCUAUUUUUAUUUUCACUGUCUUUAGUGAUUUCAUGUAUACACAGCCAUAUAGACGAGUUGACCAAGAGUAUUUUAGAAUCUUUAUAUUGGUAGUCAUUGAGAUGUUUUUAUUUUUCAGAAUUGGGCUCAUUUUAUUGAGACUUUCUCGAGCCAUUGCAACUAACUCUAUGUUUUACUUCUGUGGAACAUUUGACGUCAGAUGUAAAUUAUAUAUCCUUGAUAUUUAAACUGUUGAACCUGUUUGAUCGUUUCCCCUUUGCUUAUGAGAUUACAAUUAACAAGUAUGUCAUAUUACAAUUUCUUAAAUGUGACUGUAGAUAGCGUGAACCAAAAUGCAUGGCUAGUACUUUUGGUUAGCUAAAAAGAGAUGGACGUCAUUGGUUUAAUGUAAUGGUUUUGAGGGAAUUUCUGGCAUACCUGCGCUAGCAUCUAUGACCAGCAGAUUAGGCAAGUCUGUCACAACAUGGGAAAUCAGUUUCUAACGUAUAGGAGGCUUGGCAAGUCAUUUUUUGUGGUCGGGAGGUAACUCGAUGUCUAUGCCUUUUUUGUUGUUCAGCUUUGAACUCACUCAGUUUGAAAAGUAGGAACAUGCAUAACAUUUUUACUGCGUUUCUGACUGUACACAAUUUCGUAAUAUCACUCGUGACACUGCUGAAAAUAUCAAAUAAGUAAGCCCCCCCCCCCACCCACCCUGUCCUUUUUCGCUUUCAGGGUAAGGGAUAAAAAUUAGACCACUUAACACUAGCCGGAGGUGUAAUUUCUCUUAGAGGAGGAAAAAAAAUCACAUGGACAUUAAUUCUUCCUCAGUUGUGUUAGUGCGUUGUUGUCAAUGGAACAUCGUCUCUUCCUUCUCCAGCACCUUCCUUUUUGCCUUGUUUAUCGUCUGUAGUACAGUGGCCACUGUCGCACGCAGAAGGUAUGAGUUCGAUCCCCAUUAUAGAGAGAUUUUUUUUUAUUCCAGUACAUCUGACUGUUUGCUGGGAAAUUGUAUCCCUCUCACCUCAUAUUGACCCUGAAAAGUAGUGUUGAAGCAGGCCUCUCUUUGAAUGAUCUAAUUUGUAUCGAUAGGGGUGUGAAACGUCUGGUAUUCUACUGUGGCCCUUUAAAAAAAUUGAAAACCGAUGACUAACUGGGAGGUAAACCCGAAACACAUUUUUUACAAAAUACAUAAAUAAAAGAUCAAAAACUAUUUUUAAAACAACAUUUAUUUAUUGACUUUAAAAAUAAAUCUAGUCUAAUGACCCUUCUUUGCCCUCAUUGGCUCCUUCUCAGAACUGUGGAAAGAAUGUGAUUACCAACAUAUUAUUUUGGUGGAGACGUAGUCUAUUGGUAGCUCAUACAUAACUUAUUAAGUUAAAAGGGACCCUUGGUUUUCUUGUUUGUUUGUUUUUGUUUUUGUUUUAGACAAAUCGACUUUGAGGGCUAAUUUCGGGAUAUUUUUAGAGUUUUCACAUAGAUUGAAAGUCUCGACAUUUGACAUUUAAUUUGUACUGCUUUCACUUUGAACGAGAAUACCCCCUGAUGGUCGUGAUCAGACCGUCAACCUGACCUUCCUUUAUACUGUGUCCAGUUGUCAAAUAUUGGUCUUACAUGUGUUGUUACUUAAGUUGUGAUUACAAUUAUUAUUGUUAUUUUGUUGUUUUGUCGUUUGAUAUUACGGUCCAAUUGUCCUUGUUAAACUUCUCGCUACCAGACCUGCUCUUGAGUCCCACAAAUAGUUCGACUUUGUGGGGCCCGGCAGUGAAAUGGUUAAAUGGGAAGCUAUAGUGAAUAGUCGAUAUAAUGGUACCAUUUACGGGCAGGGGCGCAAUUUGAUAUUUUCUCCAGAGGAAGGUCAAGACAAUAUAGUUUUUUUUUUAGGAAGUCAGAUCGUUCCAAUUUUUCACCUCAGUGCACUGCGAACAGUGUGGUAGUCUCAUAGAGACGGCAAAUUGCUUUUGGAAUUUGAUACACAAAGAAAACCCUUUAAAAAAAA